AUGCCGCCUAACGUCUCCGACUGGUGGGAGGGUGGUGGUGGACAUGCACGAGGCUUCCUGGACGCUGCUCUAGUGCAGUGGUUUGAGUUGGUGGUCACUGUGGGCUUUACACAAGUCCUGUGCGUGGUAGGCGUGGGUUCGAACCUUCUGAACUUUGUGGUAUUCUGGCGUCAAGGCUUCGCGGAGUCUGUGAACGUGAGCCUGUGCGCCCUGGCCUUUUCGGACCUAUGCGGCCUGCUCACGCUCCAGGUGGCCAACGUGUGCGCCUACCCGUGGCUGGACAGGGAGUGGGGUGUGCCCGUGGUGCCGAGGGAGCUCAUGUACCUGGCCGGCGGCUGGCCACACCUGUGCUUCGCGCGCAUCUCCAGCUGGAUCAUGGCCUACGUGACGUUGGAGCGCUGUUUGUGCAUCGUGGUGCCGCUCCACGUGAAGCGUCUGGUCACUCCGGGCGUCACGCUGACCGUGGUGGUGGUCAUCCACGUGGCGCUGGUGGGCAGCAUCCUGAGCGAGUACGCCACGCUCUACCUGGACUGGGUCUGGCAGCCGGCCUCCAACGCCAGCCUCCUGCGCCUGGUAUCGCGGCCCACCCGGGCGGGGGUGGAGGGCGUGGCGCACCUCGUCAGCUUCCUCACACAGUUCCUGGCCUUUGUGGCCGUCGUCGUGUUCACCCUGGUGCUGCUCGUCAAGUUGAGGGAGACCCGCGAGAAACGCGACAAGAUGACGCGCGGCAGGGCGGCUACACGUGAGGGCAACAGACGCGACAAAGCCGGGGACAACAGCAGCGGCGCCAGUGCUGCCCCAACCGCUUCAGACAAGCACGUCUCUGUCCCACAGGCCGACAACAGUGGACAUGGUAGUGGCGGUGGUGGUGGUGGAGGUGGAGGUGGAGGUUCUGGCGGAAAACGCGAGCGUAAGACGGAGAAGAUGGUCGUGCUGCUGUCGUGCGUGUUCAUCGCCUGCUUCACGCCCAGCACCGUGGCCUUUCUCUUCGUCAUGCUCUACCACGAGUUCAGCGUCUACGGCCGCUACCGCAACACCUGGCUCCUCGUCUGGUCCGGCUGCUUCGCCCUGGAAGCGCUCAACGCCAACGUCAACUUGCCUCUCUACUACCACAUGAGCUCUCGCUUUCAGAACACGUUGCGAAAAAUGUUCCCACGAUUGCUGGCCCGCUCCACGCCGCCGGAAAAACAGAUGUUCAAGAUAAACUAA